UAAAAAAAAACAAAAACAAAAAAAACGUCACGCACACAUGCGCAUACAGGGAGCCACACUGACGCAUCUUUUGUUUUCCUUCUCUCUCACUUUCUCUCUCUCUUAGCUGGUCUGAGGCAUGCCUAUAGCGGACGGUUUGCUUUACCGCAUUCAACAGUGUUUUCCCUAUCAGAGCGGAGUUAGAGCCGUGGAAGUAAAUGAGAAAUUCUAACAAGGAUAUGAACAAGGAGCCGGAUUGGAGCGCUUUUUGGCAAUAAAACACAAAACUAAGCAGCGCUUUGGACGAUGCGGACUAAGGCAGUUUUGCUGGGGCUUUAAAUGUGAAGACUUAAACAUCAGCAGCUGCAAAUACUUUUUUCCCUUUCAUAUUUCAGUGGAUUGCUUUCCCCCUUCUUUGCCUCAAUCGGGAUUUGUGUCACCACAGCUCAGUAGAGGGUGUCAGAUAUUUCUCGGAGCGGCGCGCUGCGGGGAUGAGCGCAGCCUCCGAGCUGGUCUUAUUGUGACAAAAACAAAAAAAAAAAAGAAAAGAAAAAGGAAAUCUGUGGCCGAAACGACGAGAGGUGAAAGGGAUGUGAAAGAGGGGGAUGCGGGUGUUUCGGAUCAGCUGCGCAGGCUGUGAAUUCAGCACCAGAGGGGGGAGGAGAGAGACGAGAGAGGAGAGAGGGGGUACGACAGAUCCCGACGCCGCAGCGCGCCGCACGACUCCUGGAGAUUUCUUCAGCUUUCCAUCAGCGCGCCAAGUCAAACUGGACGUCUGCACGCAACCUGGAUGUGAUAUCUCCCUCCUAAAUGUCUCUAUCUCCAUCUCCCCCUCCUCCACCGCCACCUCUCGCUGAUGCAGACUAGAUUCGCAGCAACUACAUGUCUUGAAAGGCGGGAAUGAAUCGUUCGCGCUGAGAGUAAAAAAAAAAAAAAACCUGGGGGAAAAUGCUGCUCUGGGUCGUCCUGCUGAAUGCAGCUCUCUGCGUUGCGAGCGGAAAUGUCACCAGGGAGGUUUGUAAGGAGAAGAUCUGCUCCUGCAGCGAAGUGGAGGGCGACCUGCAUGUCGACUGCGAGAAGCGGGGCUUCAACACGCUGCGGCACCUGACCGGCCCCAGCUCUCACUUCUACCACCUGCUGCUGCACGGCAACUCGCUGUCCAGGCUCUUCCCCAACGAGUUCGCCAACUUCUACAAUGCAGUGAGUUUGCACCUGGAGAGUAACGGCCUGCAUGACAUCGUGCCUGGUGCCUUCCUGGGGCUGCAGUUGGUCAAAAGGCUGCAUAUCAGCAAUAACAAGAUACGAUCAUUUAAGAAAAGCACCUUUCUGGGCUUGGAUGACUUGGAAUACCUCCAGGCUGAUUUUAAUUUGCUGAGGGACAUUGACCCAGCGGUUUUCAGGGACCUAAAUAAACUGGAAGUUUUGAUACUGAAUGACAACCUCAUCAGUGCACUACCUAUAAACGUGUUCCAGCACGUGCCCAUCACCCAUCUCGAUCUGCGGGGGAAUCGGAUCAAAACGUUGCCUUAUGAGGGGAUUCUCGAACAAAUACCUGGUAUUGCAGAGGUGCUGCUAGAGGACAACCCGUGGGACUGUAACUGUGAGCUACUGUCCCUGAAGGAGUGGCUAGAGAACAUACCACGCAAUGCCCUCAUUGGGAGGGUGGUAUGUGAGGCCCCCACCAGGCUGCAGAGCAGUGACCUGAACGAGACCUCAGAGGGGGAACUGUGCCCAUCACAAAGUGUGGGUGGAGAUAGUAGCCUGGCUGCUCCUCCCACUCAGGAGGAAACCUCUCGUCCCACGCCUUACAAGCCCAGCAGAACUGCUAGUGGAGGGCCCCCUACGCCAGGAGCCAAUGGUUCCAAGAGCCACUCCAAGUCCCGCGAGAACUGGCAGCUGAAAACAAAGCCCACUCCAGUAAUGGCAGAUGUAUAUGGGGAUGGCGGUGGAGAGCAGUUACGCAAUGUGACUUGCCCACAGCCAUGCAGCUGCAAGUUAGUGGGCUCCAGACAGGGCCUGGGAGUCAACUGUGAGGGUAAAAAGAUUGAAAGCCUGGCCAGUCUAAAGCCGAAGCCUCUGGCUGCCCACGAGCUGAACAUGAGAGACAACAACAUCCAUGCAGUAAAAAGGAACCAGCUGCUUGGCUAUUCCAGCCUCAACCUGCUGGAUCUUGGUGGAAACAACGUUAAGGUUGUUGACAAUGGCACGUUCCAGAACCAGAGUGAGCUCCGGUGGCUAUACAUGGAUAAGAACUACCUGGAUACACUAAUGGCAGAGAUGUUUGUGGGCCUCGUGAAUCUGGAAUACCUCAGUUUGGAAUACAACGACAUCCAGCAGAUAGUGGCAGGCGCGUUCAGCCACAUGCCGAACCUGAGAGUUCUGUUCCUAAACAACAACCUUCUUAAGGCUCUCCCUGUGGAUGCUUUCCUUGGGAUUUCUUUGUCCAAAAUCAGCCUGCAUAAUAAUUACUUCCCCUAUCUCCCUGUGGCUGGCGUGUUGGACCAGCUCAACUCCAUUAUCCAGAUUGACUUGCACGGGAACCCAUGGGAUUGCUCAUGCAACAUUGUGCCCUUCAAGCAGUGGACCGAGAGGCUCGGGGCUGACGUGAUUGUGAGCGACCUCAAGUGCGAGUCACCAGAGGAGUUCUGGAAACGAGACUUCCGCUAUGUGCGUAAUGACCUGAUGUGCCCCAAGCUAUAUGAUCGCGGUCCACCCACACCGGUGUCCAAGAACGGGACCUACACCCAGGACUCGGGCGGCACGCACUCAAACUCAUACUUAGAGCCCAACCGGGUUUCCAUUUCGGUGCUUGUGCCUGGGCUGCUGCUAGUGUUUGUCACAUCCGCCUUCACGGUGGUGGGGAUGCUCGUGUUCAUCCUGCGCAACCGGAAGAGGUCAAAGCGACGGGACGGCAACUCAUCUGCGUCGGAGAUCAACUCCUUACAGACAGUGUGUGACUCGUCCUACUGGCACAGUGGGCCGUAUCACGCGGACGGAGGCGCCCAUCGGGGCUUCGACUGUAGCACACACCUCUCAGCUGUGGACGAUGCAUGAAAGACAGAGACUGGAUUAUAAAUAGUAGACAAAACCUACAAGAAUUUGUUUAAGAUUGGGGACAAAAACUUGUUCACGGACCCAAAGCCCCCACUCUGUAAUAUAUGUAUAUGCCAAGCCCUUCUGGCUUAAACCCUCCACUCCUUCCUCCCUUCUCUUUCUCUCUGCCACAAUCGGACUACAGAUCUCGAGACAGGAGAAAAAACGGGGGAGAUGGGGGGCAGAAGAGCAGGGUGUGGGUGUGUGUAUGUAUGUGAAAAUGUGAAAGAGAGAAGGAACGACCUGGGAAUGGUGCACGAACGCAUGAAUGUACAUGUAAAUACCUGGACUGAUGUAACAUAAAAAUGCAUGAUGAUAUUUCCGCAUGGUUUCAACAAGACACACAACACGUGAGGAACCAUAACCACCAACUAGGAGGCAAACUCGACCCCCCCCACUCUCAUGUUAUAUACCAACACAACGGCUAUAUAUAUAUAUAUAUAUAUAUAUACAUAUUAAUAAUUAUAUAUGACUAUUACAAAGUGCCAUUUCUCUAUUUUUUUGUGAACCUGCAGUUAGGAUUUGUAUUUGUUGUUUUAAAACUUGUUCAGAGCUGAAAGAGAUGAAAAUAAAAAUGUCAACUGGGGAAGGAGUGAUCAAAGUGAAGCUGUCAGUGCAUGUUUUUCUAUUACCAUUUCUGUUACUUAUCAGUUGAUCAUCAGUUAAUAUUUGGGGUUAUUUAUACUGUAUACUAGGUGGCAAAGCUGUUCCCAAGUAUAAACAAACAAAGCGGUUAGGCCCUCUUAGGCCCCUCUAGGCCAGCAGGGGAACCAAAGUGUGCUUGACUUCUCAUGCAGAAAAUAUGAAUAUAUAUUCUGCAUUAACAUGACAUUUGUCAUGUUAAUGCAGAAGAAUGAGCAUUAUUUUGAACUUGCUCAUACUGUUUCCAAAUUUAAACAAAUACUUAUUUAAUGAUUUUGAAUUUUGACAAAGGAUUGAAAAUCAUGGUUUGAUGGUUUGUUAACAGUCAUACAACCUUGGGCCAGCUGUGGUAGGUAGUUGCAGAUUAAAAAUCCCCACAGCCUGUGGGUAUGGAAGUCCAAAAGUGCCACAAUACCCUAAAUAAAUAAUUCAUUAAAUUACUACUUGAGUCUUUUAGGGUGCAUAUAGCGUAUAAACUAAUUAAAUCUUGAAAUUAUUAUGUAUAUUCUAAUAUUUAAUAAUUUAACAUAUUAAAUUUCACAUAGAUUUUUUUAUUUAUCUAUUUAUUUGUUGGCACAUUUGAAUAAUUCUCAUAUGCUUAUUUAUUUAUUAAAUGUAUUUAUUUGAACUAUUUUUAUUCAAUUUAAUAAUGACAUGUUAAUUAUUUAAUGAUUUAUAUAUUUAUUAUAUCAUGGCACUUUUGGCACUCCACUGAGGUGAUCAUCUCCUUUUAAUGAAUGUACAAAACAUGAAGACUAAGAAAAAAAACAAUUUUUUAAUGGUGUGCCAAUUGUUGAAGAUAUUCAGACAUGCAGAUGAGCAUGACCAAUUAACGUCACUCAGAUGCUUAUGCUGCAAAAGUUCAUGUAGCUCCAAUAACAGUUAUGUGGUUCUUUUUUGUGUGUGUGUCAAUGAACAUAGCCUGCUUUUGGGUGAGAGGAAGAAGAUAAAAACAUGACAAAAACUUAAAUAUUGGGGGGGGGGGGUUUGUACCAUCAUAUUUUUUCAACAACUGUGCAAAGAAGUGUUUCUGAAUUACUCAUUGGAUUUAUGUAAACAAGUAGACAAACACGUUAGGAUAGGGCGCUUUUUUAUUUUUAAUGUGAUAUAAAAAGUAUUCCUCCACACAAAAUAGCUUCUGGCUGUGAUUCACUUUCAUCAUAUUGUGAGCUUUUGUAAAGCCAUCUUAAUUCUGUCCGAAUUCAAGAACUGUAAUGGGCCGUAUUUACUGCAAAACAGGCUGUAGUAGGGGCUGGGAGGGGGGGCACAGCACAGCACAUACACAUACAUAUAGGUGAUGUCAGCAGUUUUAGAAAUCUUGCAGACACUCCUUUGUAUUUUUUUCCUUUUGCUGUUUUUUUUAUGUGGGCUUAUGGCUAAGCAGCUGUUGUGCUCAGCUCAGCUGCCCUGGGAGGGGUUAGCAUCUACAGUAUGGCCUGAAUUGUUUAAUUCGAAACAUUUUUUUAAAGUUUCAAGUGUCCAAGUAUAUUUUUAUUCUAAAGUUUAAUUCAUUAUAAAUUUGCACUCUUCAACAGCUUUAAUAAUGUUUAUUUUGGCACUGCUAUAAAGUUUGUGUAUACAAAUAUUCCAAAUUUGAUCAAGAUUUCUACCCAAAUUGAUAAUAAUGUACCUAUCAUGCCACAGCCUUGAUGUGAGUUUGCAGACUUGAUGCAAGCAUGCAAAACUCUACAUCCUUUUCUUUUAUUUUCCCUUUUUUGCAAAAUACACAACUACACAGCAGCAGCCACAUUGGGGUUAAAGGGUUUCGGGUUGAUGCAUUGUGGGGCAACCAUGACUCUAUACUGUGGGGUAUUAACUGUGCCACAGAUCCACUCAUGAUGAUGAUUUGUCAUGAUUUUCAAAUGCUGUGUUUCAAAGUUACAUUUAUAUGCUUUGCAAUAUUUGACCUGCUUUUAUUUUGUUAAAUAAAGUGUGGUUGAGGUUGAGUAAAAAUGGAAAUGAUGCUUGCCUUUAGUAAUUUUUAAUUUUAAUUGCAAUGUAUUUUGCUGUUGUCACUUUCACGUUCAGUUUUUUUUUCAUAUCUAACUUUUUAGGGUUUGAAACUACUGAAUGUUUUGUGCCAACCAUGCAUCAGUUUGUACUGUCAUGAGCGCUAAUACUGAUUCCUACUUGUUCAUAAAGAUUAGAUAUAUCUUAAUUAUUUGCUUUAGACUUUCUUAAGUUAUGAUUGGCCCACACAAGAAUCAAAACCAGUCGAUGGAAAUGGGGCGUAAAAUAAAAUCUAGAGUGAAUAACAUGCAUAAAAGUAAAAUUAUGCUUAAGGUUUCAACAUAUUUAUUAUCAGUUACCUCAAUGAUUAAUCAAAAUACCACAUUACAAUAAGAAAUAAACUGAUAUUCAAUGGUUAGGCUUAUGAUCUAAAAUUGUUCAUUUACAGAUACAAAAUUACAGUAGACUGUCAUAGCUAAAAAAAAAAAAUACGGGAGGCUAAAGGUUAACUAAUUUAUAAGGCUUGUUUAAUUUAUAAACAGCAGAACAGUUUUUUAUAUUAUUUACAGAACUUUAAAUAACUGUCAUGUUUAUGUUGGUAGAUAAUUUACAUAGAGGUCUAUAGUUAGUUACAAAAUAGACAGUGCGAAGUUGAUGAUGACCUUUCUCUAUGAAACAAUUUUUGCAAACUGGUACAUGUUAAUUAUAUUCGGUCAAAUUUGCAGCUAAUACAAAAAGUGAUAAAUUGUAAAAUCAAGAAAUACCUGUUCAAGUAAAUGAUACUUUAAUUAUUUUUACCUGCCAUAAUUUCCCCUGGAUUUUUAACUGAUAUACAUUUUCUUUGCACAAAAUGAAUACAAGCUUCAAAGAAAAAACAAAACAUUUGUAGUUAAAAGUACAGGUUAUUAUUGUUAAUUAUUAUUAAUAUUUUUCUUUUUUUUUUUUAACCAGAGACUAAAGCCAAUGGUAAAACUGGUCUGGGUGUUGUUCUGCUGUAUUUUGUGCAAUUUGACAAUUAGUUAUCCUAAAAAAAACCAUUUAUGAUUAAGGAAAUAAAUAUGCAUUUUUAAUGUAUAAUUUUUGAGACUUUAAACCACUUUUAUGUUUCUAUUAGUCCAUGAUUUACAUAAUAGUCUAAAUUUAUUAAAAACAAAAGACCAUGUAAGGCCAUUUUCCAAGACAGUUAUCUACCCAUGUUAUGCAAACUAAAACACUGUUAUCCAUAUUUGGUCAGAGUACAUUCUAAAUUAUAAAAAGCAAUGCGGUGUAAAAAAUUAAAAUAUAACAGUAGGUCAAGCUGUUUUAUUGACUUUUAACCUGAUUAACCUUUGCCAUUAUAUAGUUACUCAGGCCAGUUAUGGCUAGCAGCUCCGAUUUGCAGUUUGUGUUUCACAUGGAGGGUCACUGGUGGAAAGUCUGGGGAAAAUAACUUUAAUGUAAACAUGACAGUAAUUUACAUGUUCAUAAAUCAGUGUUUCCAUGAACCACUGUGACAUUUUUGAGAUGAGUUGUCUUAAUGUGGUAGAAAUCAUUGGCCUUUGUGUCCUUCAGACUAGCUCUUAGCUUUAGCCUCCAGUAAACACUCAUCUGUUGUUAAACAAAAUGAAAAUACUAAGUAAGAUGUGAAAUAAACUGUUUAUAAGCUUUCAACAGAUCUACUUGAGAAAAUCUACACCAGGGGUCCCUGACUAAAAUAGCAGGAAGUCCACUACCUCCAUCACCCAAACACUUUGGGGUCCGAACAUUUUAAAUCAACUGACAAAAGUUGUUUCUUUCAUUUUUAUUUAACGCAAGAGGUUUUUUUAACUACUGAUCAAGUUUUCAUAUGCCCAUGAAAUUGUCUGCUCAACAGAAAAGUGCAAUCCAAUUAAAGUACCAAUAUUAAACAUAUUUUGAAUGGCA